CGGAAGAAUGCUCCGAAACUAUGAUUUAUUAUUUUUAGCUUGAACAUUAUUGAAAAUUCUUUAUUUUUCUGGGCAAUCGCAAUUGUUAUAUCUAGUAUAUUGGAGGUAUUACUUCCCUUAGCCACCCACCCCACUUUUACGCCCCUUCUCCUUUUUACGGUGAGUGAGGUUAGGUGCCACCAAAUACCCGUUUGAACUCACAACUGCCGUGUCCUCCCUGUCUGUUUAACAUCGCGCGCGCAUGCGUGUAUGUAUGUGUUGAUUUUGUGCGCGCGCAUGUUUUACUUCUGUUGCUCAGGAUUUUUUUCUUUUGGAACGUGGCUUUCCGUACUGAGUAUUUGUCCUUGGUAUUUCCGCUCCAGAACAUACACCCCCUUUUUCUUUACCCAUUACCGUUUAUAUCUUUUAUAUAAUUUACAUUUACAUUUUUAUAGAUAUUUGAAACAACUCCUGUUUUUGUUUGCUAUGCUCUCUGCUUCCAGGAAAUUUACCCCUAUCUUCUAAUCUUUAAAGUUCACUCAAGAAAAAAAGAAGAUUUUUGACAAAGGCAUGACAAAAGUUCGAUCGUGUGGUACUUUUGUUUCUGAGGAAUUUCUAAGCGCCUGUAAAAUAAUAUCUAUCAGUACAAGCCAGUUUAUGAAAACUUAUCAGCGCAACCAAGUGCCUGUAAACAAUUUUGUGUCUACAUGACAAGAACGAAACUUAUUUUGUUUGCUGUAGGAGUUCACCUUGAAAUAAAAAUUUACGAACCUUGCAAAUCGUUACACACUCCCAUUUUAUUGUAGAUAAAAGAAAAAAAACCCCUCAUAUAUUAGAAAAAAGAAUGUAAACUCUGCACAUUGAAUUGCUUAAUAUGCAAACAAAGAUUUAUGAAUAAAUACAUUCAGUAUAUUAUCUCUAUUUUGAAAGACAUUUUGAUCUUGACAUGGAAAUCGAGCAAACUUGUUAAUUUCUUGUUUUAAUUAUUCUGUGUCCUUAAUGCCCAGUUAUUAGUAAAACUUCAAGCAAAGUGUCAUAACGUCAUUACAAAAAAUAAAAUAGAUGAUUUCUCUUGUAUUUUAUUCUAAUAUGACUAACAAUGCUUUAAUCAUCACAACGAUAGUAUGUUGACGUCACGUCAACGUGAUAUUUAGCGCCAUGUACGCAUCAAGAAAUAGCGCUUUCAAAUUUCAUGAAAUAUUUUACUUAAUAACAUGUUUUAAACGAAAUGCCACAUUGCACAAAUGUGUUGAUUAAUUUACACACAUACUGAGUUAGUUAUUCGCUUUGCUGAAUAAUUCGCAAUAAUUUACGCCCGAACUGAACUCUGCCGCAAGACGUAUUACCAUUUCCGGUCCUGGCGUGUUUAAAUAAAGACCUACUAUUGGCGCAAUGCUUGCGCGAAGAAACAGUUCCAUCAUAUGUGAUAUAAAUUAUACAAUAAAGAACAUAUGAGAAAAUCGAAAUAAUUUAUAGCAAAACAGUGUUUUAACACUAUUUAUACACUCGGUUGGUAAUACGUAGUCCAGUUUUUUUUUUUCGAAAACUGUAUUGAUUUACGAAUUCAUUUUUACCUCGGGUAGUCACCCUGUCCUAAGAUCUUUAUCGCUUCUAGGAAGAGAUAGCGUUUGGUCGAUAAAUAUUUGUAGUUUGCAAACAAGCAAACGCGCAUUUGAAUGCGCGCUUUUGACAAGUUAAAACUCACUGUUCUCUCUAUACAAAGAAAUUUAUUUGAAAUUUUUUUAAACGUUCUUUAUAGAAUUGAGUUCUGGGAUAUUCAAUUCGAAAAAUCUAACUGAACCAAAUAUGUCCACUCAAGAAGCAGAAAAUGUGAUCAUGGAUGUUUUCUGCGAUCCGGACCACCCGAUAGCGGUAGACUUUGAAAAGGUUGUUGCUGCCCAAAAAGCCAUUGGGGAUGCAGUUGUAAAAACGCCAUGCCGUCGCUCGCAGAUGUCUGACAUGUUCAACAUGGAAAUUUACUUCAAGAAAGAAUUUCUUCAAUACACGGGAAGCUUUAAAGAAAGAGGAGCAAGGAACAGCCUGUUGAACCUUUCUCCGGCGCAGAAAAAGAAAGGAGUAAUAGCAGCCAGUGCCGGGAACCAUGCUUUAGCUUUGUCAUAUCAUGGGAAGUGUCUCGGGAUACCAGUGUCUGUUGUCAUGCCAACAGUAGCUCCAUUGAUGAAAAUAAAGGCGUGUAAGAAAUUUGGAGCAAAUAUCACAAUUUCAGGAGAUAACGUUUGCGAUUCCAGAGUUAUUGCACUGAAAAUGGGUCAAGAGAAAGGACUGAUGUACAUAAACGGAUACGACCAUCAAGAUAUAAUAGCUGGCCAGGGCACGAUUGGCUUGGAGAUUGUAGAACAAGUACCUGACCUUGAUGCAUGCAUAAUUCCUAUUGGUGGAGGUGGUAUGAUAUCUGGAACAGCUUUAGCAAUCAAGACAAAAUGUCCAAAUGUCAAAAUCAUAGGUGUUGAGCCAGAACACAGUCCCAGUUUCCAAGCAGCCAUGAAAGCCGGGAAACCAACUUUUACAUUGACAACUCCUACACUUGCUGAUGGUCUGGCUGUUCCAACUGUCGGAGUGAACUCAUUUGAGACUGCACAUAAAUUGAUAGAACGCAUCGUCACCGUAGAUGAGGAGAGUAUAGCAUUGGCUAUCCUGAGGUGUAUAGAGUUGGAGAAAGCCGUAGUGGAGGGCGGUGGAGCUGCAGGCUUGGCCGCCAUCAUUCAAGGACUUGUACCUGAUCUGGAAGGCAAAAAAGUCGUGGUAAUCUUAAGUGGGGGUAACAUUGACACAACAGUGCUUGAUCGUGUGAUUGAGAGAGCUUUGGCUGAAGAUGAAAGGUUGGUCAGAUUCAAAGUUUCUGUCAGUGACAGACCGGGAGGGAUUGCAGAACUGACGAAAAUAGUCGCUGAUCUUGGAGUCAGCAUCAAGGACAUAUUCCAAGAGAGGCCAUGGGAGAAACAUGAUGUAUUUUCUGUGAUGGUGAAGGUCGUCUGUGAAACACGUGAUGCCGAACACAGCAAAGAGUUGCAUGAUGCUAUCAAGAAACACUAUCCAAAUAGCCAUCUGAUUUGGGGACCAUCAUAUGAUUAACUGAGCUAUGCAAAUCAGAGUUCAAGUGAUUUUUUCUUUAUCUGAAGUGUUUUAGUUAUUCAGAAAUUAUCCAUAACAUAAUAAUAUUCUUUUGUUAAUAAGUAUUUUCAAUAGACAUUUAUAUGACUUUUAAAAUGACAAUAGGCAAGAAAAUAUUUUUUUGCCAAAAACUGUUGAUGAAUUGUUUGUUGUUUCAAAGCGUUUUUAGAUUGUUGCCAUUUUAAGCGAUUCAAAAGUUUGGUGUUUAAAACAAUGAAAGGGAUAGUUAUUUCUUCCUAUAUCAUUUAAUCUUGACUAGGAAAAGCUGUACAAUAGAAAUAAAGGAGCAUGCCUCAAGUUAAUAUUUAAUUUGACAUUAUUGUUUAACUUAAUUCCUUUAAGAGUUUUGUGUAUACAACAACAAAAGGAAUCGGCAGAAAAAGCAAUAACUAGCUAAUUUUAUUAACCGAUGUUGUCUGUUAAUGAUAUAGUAUUUCUUAAACUGUCACAGUUACAUGUACAUUAAGCCUAAUAGUUACAUUAACGUUUAUGCAACUCAUAUGCUGCUCUUUGUUUGAAAACUGCUUUGUUUUAUCUGUAGAUUGUCUGUCAUUAUACAAUUUGAUAUUGUUUUGGUUUGUCCUAAUUAGUUAUGCUGUGAUUACAUAAAAUACAGGAAAAGUGCUUUUAUUUGAUAUUUAAAAACGGCUUUGAUCUGUCAUAACCACUUAUUCUAUUGGCGAUUUUUUAUGUGGGCCAUUCCUGGUCGUUUCUGUGGGUAUUCAGCAAAUCUGCUUGUACUUUUUUUGGGUAGAGACUAUCUUAACAUCAAUUGCAAAUAAAAAAUCUAAGUAAAAAGAUUCGAUCAAAAAUAGAUAAUAUUGAAUUUUCAGGGUGGCGUACCGUGCCGUAACGGUGACUACAAGAAAUAUGACAAACUUAUUUGCGGAAUGUAUUUUGUUUUCAAACUUGCAUUAUCCAAAACAAUAUGAGUGUUUUCUCAUGCCAUUGAUUUGAUCUUGUUCUUGUAAACGUCGGAUAUGACACUUCGUUUGCCAGCGAUACUAAAGCCUCCUUAUUCCUGUUGUCAUGGUAAUACGUCUUUGCAUUUGAUUCCUAAGGACAAACUUUUUUUUUGGUAGCUUUGAUUUAAAGGAUCAGGCAUAAUGUUAACUUUAUGGCAAUCGAAAUUCCCUCAUUUAAAGCAUAAUUAUACCAAUAAUGUGAUAAAAAUUCUUAAAAUAUAC